AUGAGCCAGGAGUACUACCCUGGUGAGGGAUCCUCUGACCCGUCCAGGUUCCCUGGCGAUGAACAACCACCGGAGAGCAGCCCUUUCGUUCCCCCGCCCGCUUACAUGACUGUUGGCAACGGCUCGACUUCGGACAGUGCCACGGCCUUGAUGGCGUCGCUGAACCAUGAUUCGGGCUAUGGCAGCAGCAUUGCCGGCGACAGCGCUAUGGGUGCCGAUGCACACGCCUCGUGGCAUGCGGAUCUGAUGGAGGAUAGACCGACCCCCGCGCAUACUCCUACGCGUCCCGGCGAGUGGAAUCCUGCCGUGGAACAUGAGAGACAAGUAGUCGCCAGCCAUGUUCACCAACUUCUCUACAACUCAAAUCGGACCAAACUCGCUCGCGCGAUUUCCAGGACAAUCGAGACGUUGAAGGAGCUUCAGGACACCAACCGCCAAUGGCCCGCCCACUACCCCUCUGUGCAAAGCACACCUCAUUCCCCGUUAGACCGACCGCAAAUACAUCAAAGUCAAUCCUAUGCUGGAGAUGGCGCAAGAAGACCCAGUACCACGCCCCGGCCUGAAAUGAAGCGCGCUACGACCAUGGGUGGCGAGGACCUAGGUGAAUCUAGUACAGCUGCAGAACGCCGCCCAACCCCGGAGCCCCGAUUGAUGACACCACAGAUUGCCCAAGAGUUCUCGAUUUUGAAGCUUGAUCUCAAAUUGGGCGCUUUGUCGCAAGCUGAACUGGUGCAUUCCCUGGAAAAGGCUUCCAUAGCCUCGCUGCUCGAUGGAAAGAUCAGCCAAAGCAUCAAACACCUUCUAUCGCUUCGAGACCGAAUCGAGGAUACGUCGAGUAAGGUUUUGGUCACAGGUGAUUUGAACGCGGGCAAGUCGACAUUUUGCAAUGCUCUUCUCCGGCGAAAGGUAUUGCCCGAGGAUCAGCAACCCUGCACCAGUAUCUUCUGUGAGGUGCUCGAUGCUCGCGAGAACAGUGGUGUUGAGGAGGUACACGCUGUACACAAAGAUACGCAGUACAGCCGCAAUGAUGAAAGCACUUAUGACGUCUACGCCAUGUCCGAACUCGAGAACAUCGUGAUCGACAACUCCAAGUACAUGCAAUGCAAGGUUUACGUGAAGGAUGUACGCUCCAUUGACGAAUCUCUUCUCAACAAUGGUGUGGUCGAUAUUGCCUUGAUUGAUGCGCCGGGCUUGAACUCGGAUUCUUUGAAGACAACAGCGGUUUUUGCCCGCCAAGAAGAAAUCGACGUCGUGGUCUUCGUGGUCUCUGCGGCAAAUCAUUUCACCCUGUCUGCAAAGGAAUUCAUCUUGAAUGCUGCACAUGAGAAGGCAUACAUUUUCAUGGUGGUGAAUGGGUUCGAUCAGAUUCGGGACAAGCAGCGAUGUGAACGUAUGAUCUUGGAUCAAGUUGGCAAACUCAGCCCACGCACAUACAAGGAGUCCGCCGAGCUGGUCCACUUCGUUUCGAGCAACGCCAUUCCGGUUGCGCUGCCUGUCUCAGUCUCUCAGUCUGGUUCUGGGGGUGGUGGGGAUGGAGGUAGCUCUGACCCUCAUGAUGAUGAUGACUCGCACGACGGCAAGAUUGAUCCCAGCAAGGACAAGGGCAAAGGUAAAGAAAAGGAAAAAAUCCAAGACUUCGAGGAUCUUGAGGGAGCUUUGCGACGCUUCGUCCUCGAAAAACGUUCUCGGUCCAAGCUUGCGCCUGCUAGGACUUACCUUCUGAAUCUUCUUGCCGAUCUGACCUCGCUUUCUACGGUCAACCGCGAUGUUGCUCAGUCAGAGCUCAAGCGAGUGACUGAUGAGCUGGCAGAGCUGGAGCCUGCAUUUGAGAAUGGCAAAAAGAAGAAGGGGGAGCUGACAGAGGGUGUUGAUAAAGCCAUCGAUGCAUCAUGUGAAGAUGUGUACGGCCACACCCGAUCUACCCUCACGGAUACUAUCGCACGGGUUUCCGAGGCGGAUCUCGGUGUUGAAUACCCUGGUCUUUUUGCGGUGUUCCAAUACGCAGAGGACCUGAAAUUCGCAAUGCUCGACCAAAUCUCCGCAUCCGUGUCGAACUGUGAGAAUUAUGCCCGUGAAAAGACCGUACAAGGAGUUGGUUUCAUCCAAAACAUCGGUCUCCUGCACGUCGGCGAAGACAAAUUUAAACCCCUCAACUUCCGCGCGGAUAUGAUGUUCCGCCGGGGUCGGCGCCACACACUUGCUCGUCAAGUCGACGCCGAAGUUGACCUUUGGGACUUUUUCGACAUUGCUGGUCUAUGGGAGCGCCAGGAGAAGGUGGCAGGGACAGGUGUUGCCAUGACUGCUGUCACUGUACUUGGUGGCAGAGCGUUUGGUGGAUUCAGCUGGGUCGACAGCGCAUUCAGUGCGGUCAAGGUCCUUGGCCCGAACAACUUGCGCCGGCUGUUCCUCCCUAGCAUUGUUGCUGCUGCCCUUUUGACCACAGCGUAUGUGCUCUCUUCCAUCCCGAGCACCCUGCCUUCUCGCCUCUCCCGGAAGAUUGCCGCCACUCUCGCCGACAUGGAUUACGUCCACUCCAACGCGAACCGCAUCUCUUCCGAGGUUCGCCGCAUACUUCGCAUGCCGGCUGCCAACCUGCAGACCAGCCUCGCUCAAGACAUUGAGGACCUCGGCAAGCGUAAGCUGGAAGUCAACAAGACGAAACAGGAGAGUGAGGUCGCUGUCAAGUAUUUCGCCAACUUGUUCCGAGAGAGCUCUGAGAACCGCCGCUCUGUCGAAGACUUGGACCUCGAUGGCCCAUUGCCUGGCGGCAUGGCUGCCACUCUCGACACAUGA